AGUCUGAAGCCUUAAAUGACCCGGCCUUUGACGACCCCAUGGAUAUCUCUUUUAUGACUGAUGAACAACGGCACUCCAAUUCUGUAAGGAAAGCUAUUCAGGUGGUCCGAAGAACGCAAGAGCUAGAAAUCAGCAAUCCUAUGGAACUCAUUUGGUUUAGAGGUUCUGUUCAUCGUAAUGAGGAGAUCUCUUUAGGCCUUCAUGCUUCAAUGUUUCUACAUUCUGUAACAACUCAGAUGACAGAGGAACAGAAGAUGUACUGGCUAAAGGCAACCAAAUGCUAUACUCUCUUAGGAACAUACGCCCAGACUGAACUUGGACAUGGAACCUUUUUGCGUGGACUUGAAACAACUGCUACAUAUGACCCAAGAACUCAAGAGUUUGAGAUACAUUCACCCACUCUGACUUCAAUGAAAUGGUGGCCUGGAAAUUUGGGUAAGACUGUCACCCAUGCUAUUGUAGCUGCUCAGCUGUACACUAAAGGACAUUGUAUGGGAGUUCAUAUGUUCAUGGUUCCUCUACGCAGUCUAGAGACACAUCUACCUCACCCCGGUGUUGAAUUGGGUGACAUCGGACCAAAGUUUGGCUAUAACAACAUUGAUAAUGGCUUUCUGCGAUUUAACCACUAUCGCAUUCCAAGAGAAAACAUGUGCAUGAGACAUUCUCAGGUCAUGCCAGAUGGUACAUACGUUCCGCCUCCUCACAAGAAGGUUAGCUAUGGUAGCAUGUUGCCGAUUCGCAGCGGCAUUGUGGGAAACACAGGUUGGGCCCUGGCAAAGGGCUGUAUUAUAGCAACAAGAUACAGCGUUGUAAGGAGACAGUCUGAACUAAUUCCUGGAACCAAAGAAGCAAAGAUCCUUGAUUACCAGAGCCAGCAAUUGAAGAUCAUUCCCAACAUUGCUACAUCCUUUGCCUUCAUCUUGACUGGAAAGCAGAUGAUGAAGACAUAUUUUGAUAGCCUUGCUGAGAUGAAUGAGGGAAACUUUAGCUCCCUGCCUGAGCUCCAUGCUACCUCAGCGGGACUGAAAGCAUUCACAUCAGCUGUUGUUGCCAGCAGUCUAGAGGAGCUUAGGAUGUCUUGUGGAGGUCAUGGAUACUCUAAGGCUAGUGGUUUCCCAGAACUGUAUACCACUGCAGUCCCAGCUACUACCUAUGAAGGAGAAAACACUGUCAUGUUUCUACAAACAGCCAGGUACCUGAUGAAGGUAGCCAGACAGGUAGGAUCAGGAAAUAAACUGGUUGGUUGUGCUGCAUACCUUCAAUCAAACUUAUCACCUCGAUGCUUGGCUAAGAGACAGACUGAUUUCCUCAGACAGGAUAUCUUGGUAGAUGCCUACAAACAUAGGGCUAAGAGUGUUGUGAUGUUAGCAGCAAAGAGGAUGGGUGAAGAAAUCAAGAAGGGUCACUCUCAACCCAUCGCAUGGAACAACUGCCACAUGUAUCUUAUAAAGGCUGCAAUGGCCCACUGUCACUUGUACUGUGUGGAGAGCUUCUUUGAUGGAGUAAAUAGUACUGAUGCUUCACAACCUGCAGUGGAUGCUCUCAUGGCUUUGUGUCAGCUCUAUGCCAUCUUUGGGAUCAGCCAAAACAAAGGAGAUCUGCUCCAGGAUGGUUAUAUGAAUGGUGAGCAGCUAGAUAUUUUAGAGCGUCAGCUGAUAGACCUACUAGCAAUCAUCAGACCUAUUGCUGUAACUCUGGUUGAUUCUUAUGAUAUCCCUGAUAAGAUGCUUUCUUCAGUGCUUGGACGCUAUGAUGGUAACGUCUAUGAGAACCUAUAUGAGUGGGCCAAGAAAGCUCCCCUCAACAAGAAAGAGGUUCCUGCUGCUUACAAGUACAUUGGACCAUUUCUUAAGGAGAACAUAGCCAAUUCAAAGCUCUGAAUCAUGUGACCACCAGUAAUGUAUCAUGUGACUGUAAGCUCUGAAUCAUGUGACCACCAGUAAUGUAUCAUGUGACUGUAAGCUCUGAAUCAUGUGACUGUAGAAAACCAAGUGAUCUUCCAUAGUAAGUAAUGAAUGUCUUGGUUCCAUGUGAAAUCGGUGCAUCUAUACAUUUCAUUCUGAAAUAUAAAGUAAUUACAUGGACCUUUUCUGGUAAGAUAAACAUGUCAAUUCAUCUUUUUUAUAUUGGAAACAGCUGAUGGUGUGUGUCUGUUAUUGUUAAAGGAGAAUGAAACUCUUGGAGCAAGUUAGCUUUUGUGAAAGCAGAAAAUUCAAAGAAUAAGAUCAACAAAAGUUUGAGUAAAAUAGAACCAGCAAUAGAAGAGUUAUGAGCAUUUGAAUGUCGAGAUCACUAAUGCUAUGGAGAUCCUCCCAUUGGCAAUGCGACCAAGAUCUAUGAUGUCACAGAUGAACAACUCUCCCCUUUUGGACACUGAAAAUAUAUAAAAAAACAUCUCUUUUUGCUCAUUCUAAUCAUAUGACAAACGAUUCAUCAAUGAUAUAAUGUUGUGAAACCCCUGUACUUGUCCUCUCAUAAAGAGAACACCUCACCUUGUGAUACUCUAUAAAAGUGAGAAUAUAAGUGAAAUAAGUACUAAAGUAAUGAGGGAGUUGUACGUGUGUGACAUCACAGAUCUUGGUCGCAUUGCCAAUAGGAGGAUCUACAUGGCAUUAGUGAUCUCAAUAUUCAAAUGCUCAUAACUUUCUUAUUAUUCAUUCAAUCUUCCUCAAACUUUCAACAAUAUGUUUCUUUGAUUUUUCUCUUUGAUAUGGAUUCAGCUGGUUUCAAGGGUUUCAUUCUCCUUUAAAAGAGAAUUAUUUAAUCCCACAAAAGGCGAUGACAAAUUCUUUCUCAAACAAAAAAAAAAUGAUCAGAUGAAUCCCAGGCUUUAUGUAGCUGAUUGCAAUAAGAUUAAUAACAAAUCUUACGGCAAUUUCAGAAUUCUCUAGUCAAUGUGUGAAGGCAAUUAUAGACAUUUUUAAAUAAACAGCAAUAUUAUUUGAGAUUUAUAAAUUAAAAUUUAUAUUUCUUAUCACAUGUACAUAUACCUCAAACAAUACUGUCUUUGAUAGUGCAAGAUAUGGUAUUAAAUCAUAUUAAAUCAAUUUAACUUAAAGAAAGUAAUAUUUCAUACAAUUUAAUUCCUGUUUAUUAAUUUUGGGAUAAAUUAUUAAGCCCCCAUACAGUAUGGUCAUAUCAGUAUUACCCAGUCUAUAUCUCAAAUAACUUCAUUGUUUGUUGUGAAAGUGUAGUUGAGUGGAAGCAAAGCCUACUUAAUUUUCAAUAUUUUCUUCUUUACACACACAUGUAUGAAGUUGAUUUCAUCUAUGUUAGAUGAUUUACAAUGUAAGUGAAAGUGUACAGUUUAUAAACUUGACAUUUUACUUGACUUUAUUUGUUGCCAAUGAAUAUCAGGGAAUUUCAUGUUAAACUCAGCUUUUGAAAUAAAUUAUAUAAUGUAGUUUAAUAUUAUACAUCAUUUGAUAAUACUAGUUUCUGCAAUGAUUUGUAUAAUGUCUUUUGUUUUUAGCAAGUCUUCUGAUGUAUGGAAGAUAGUUCUGAAUCUUGAUACUAGUAUUGUUUGAUUUUAUGUUUAAUAUAAAUCCAUCAUGUUUGUGGAUUGGUGGAGUAUAGUAAAAAAAAAGAUUUCCUAGAUGAAAAAGGAGCCUUUUUUUUUUAAAAUCAUGAGAGAUUACCUUUACAUAGUGAUUUAUCCAUCCACUUAAUACCAAAGAGGACUUCUGGCGUAGAUGGAAAAGUCUUUCAAAUUACGUCAAAUAUCUGUGUGUAAUUCCUAUAAGUAAAAUGGUAACAUAUUCAUUCAUCUGUAGAUUUCAUGUUUAGUACUGCCAAGAUCAAAUACCUAACCAUUGCUUUUCUUAAAUUAAAGAAGUUAUGGUGAAUAUUAUCUUUAAAGUUUACUACACAAAGAUUACACUCAGUAAAUUGUUGCAUUAAAACUGUUAAAAAGGAAUACUGUAGAUUUCUAUCUUCAA